GUCGCACUUCCUUUCAAACACGAGCUGUGGGGAAAUAACAUCAGAAACCCAAGUGGCUCGAAUAAGCCUCAGUAACAACUGUUUAAUCCACAGGAAUCUGUUAUACAACAUUUGUACUUCUUUUUGGAAUAAAUAAGCAUCCAGAAGCAACAUGCCGCAGAACGAGCACAUCGAGCUGCACCGCAAGCGCCACGGCUACCGGCUCGACCACCAUGAGAGGAAGAGGAAGAAGGAGAGCCGUGAGGCGCAUGAGCGCUCGCACAAAGCCAAGAAGUUAAUCGGCCUGAAAGCCAAACUGUACCACAAACAGAGGCAUGCCGAGAAGAUCCAGAUGAAGAAAACAAUUAAGAUGCACGAACAAAGACGAACCAAACAGAAAGAUGAUGACAAGACACCAGAAGGAGCAGUGCCAGCGUAUCUGCUGGACAGAGAGGGCCAGUCUCGAGCCAAAGUCCUGUCUAACAUGAUCAAACAGAAAAGGAAGGAGAAAGCUGGCAAGUGGGAGGUCCCUCUUCCCAAAGUACGCGCUCAGGGCGAGACGGAGGUUCUGAAGGUGAUCCGCACCGGAAAGAGGCAAAAGAAGGCCUGGAAGAGAAUGGUGACCAAAGUGUGCUUUGUUGGAGACGGCUUUACACGCAAACCUCCAAAAUACGAGCGCUUCAUCAGGCCAAUGGGCCUAAGGUUUAAAAAGGCACACGUAACUCACCCCGAGCUGAAGGCGACAUUCCACCUGCCCAUUCUGGGUGUAAAGAAGAACCCCUCCUCUCCCCUCUACACCACACUUGGGGUUAUCACCAAGGGAACAGUCAUCGAGGUGAACAUCAGUGAGCUUGGUCUGGUCACACAGGGUGGCAAGGUCAUCUGGGGUAAAUAUGCACAGGUGACGAAUAACCCAGAAAACGAUGGCUGCAUUAACGCUGUGCUGUUGGUGUAAUGGAAUGGUUAGACUGUGCCUAUAAGUGCACCUAUGGACCAUAACAUUGGAUUAUCUACAUUGUCUCGAAUGCUGUAGAUUUCAGGAUAUGACUGUGGUUAAAGGAAAAAAAACAACUUGACUGCUGUUCCAUGGAUUAUGAAAAAGUUUGAAGGGCUAUAAAACUCAAAUCAGUCAGUGAAUUUUCCCGAUCUAACGAAAUUGUUUCAAAUCAGAAGCUUUUUAGCAGUGGUUUGUUAGAAUAUGGAAAACACUAAACUGGGCUAUGCUGAUGCAGAGGAACACCUGAAUUAUAUUAAAGAUCUUUUCAAAUAA